CCCCGGGAUCGGCAGGGGGAGGUGCCUUGUUCCCCCCCCGCCGGGGAGGGGGCACGGCGGGGCCGGGAGGGGCUCGCGGGAGCUGUUGCCGCGAAUGCCUUCACCUGGGUCUCUUCAUCAGUGAGCGAGGCGAGGAGAGGCGCUCGGGCUGAACAGCAUAAGGGACUGCUAUAUUUGAGGCUGUCAGGAGGAUGGGAGAGAGAGACUGAGAGUCAGGGCGAGAGAGAGACGGUGCCACAGCAGCGAUUACUGAAAAGGAGUCCUAACACUUUUUGAUUCAGUUCUGCUCCUGAGCAUCAUCAGAUUUCAAACAUACAAGAACAAUUUUCUGGAGAUCAUCUCUGUUUUGAAGGACAAAAUCUGGACAGCCAGUAGGAGAGCUGAGGCUAAGCUUUAAUGAAGAAACAUCCACUGCUAACAGUUGUACAAAGAGGGACCGAAGACCUUCGUGACCAAUGAUGUGGUUGUCAUGGAAACUGUUUCUGUUUCUGUCACUCACCGGGAGUCUUUCAGAAUAUUCAGAAGCUGUUCCUGGCCUCCCCACUUCAUAUGCUGCUAUUCUCAGAAUCAAAUCUGGUAGUUCAUCUUUAGCCUCAUUUAACUCAAAGAACAGACCACGAUUAAGCAGUCCUUCAUUAGGAAGUUUAUCUUCACCAGGCUGGAGAGGAGCUGCACAACAUUAUCACUCCCCAACAAACCUUUACCACUUUUCAGAGGCCUUCAAACAUGACGAAAGUGUCGAUUAUGGGCCCGUUUUUGUACAAGAGCCAGAUGAUGUGAUUUUUCCUACUGAUUCUGAAGAGAAGAAAGUGUCUCUGAAUUGUCAAGCUCAUGGAAAUCCUAUGCCCACAUACAGAUGGCUUCGAAAUGGAACUGAAAUCGACAUUGAAAGUGAUUAUCGCUACAGUUUAAUAGAAGGAAGUUUGAUCAUCAGCAACCCCAGUGAAAUGAAGGAUUCUGGACAGUAUCAAUGUUUAACCACCAACAUGUUUGGUAGUAUAUUAAGCAGAGAAGCUGUUCUUCAGUUUGCAUAUCUGGGGAAUUUUAGUGGUCGGACAAGAAGUGCUGUCUCCGUACGUGAAGGUCAAGGAGUUGUUCUGAUGUGCUCCCCUCCACUUCAUUCACCAGAGAUCAUCUAUAGCUGGGUAUUUAAUGAAUUUCCAUCUUUUGUGGCAGAAGAUAGCAGACGCUUCAUCUCUCAGGAGACAGGCAAUCUCUACAUCUCCAAGGUGCAAACAUCUGAUGUUGGCAGCUAUAUAUGUCUGGUAAAAAACACAGUGACAAAUGCCAGAGUUUUGAGUCCUCCUACACCUCUGACACUGAGAAAUGAUGGUGUGAUGGGGGAAUAUGAACCAAAAAUUGAAGUCCAUUUUCCUUACACAGUUACAGCAGCAAAGGGAACUACCGUUAAGAUGGAGUGUUUUGCGCUUGGCAACCCUGUUCCAACAAUCUCUUGGAGGAAAGUUAAUGGUCACAAUCCAAGUAAAGCCCGCCUGAGAAAGUCCCAAGCUGUGCUUGAAAUACCUAAUGUGCAGCUAGAGGAUGCAGGGAUGUAUGAAUGUAAAGCUGAAAACUCACGUGGAAGGAACGUCUUCAGAGGGCAACUUCAAGUGUACACCUACCCACAUUGGGUGGAGAAACUUAACGAUACUCAAUUAGACAGUGGGGAUCCACUCCGAUGGGAAUGUAAAGCCACCGGAAAGCCAAGGCCCACAUAUCGUUGGCUGAAAAAUGGAGUUCCACUCUGGCCACAGAGCAGGAUCGAGAUGGUUAAUGGUGUACUGAUGAUCAACAGUGUGAAUGUCUCAGAUGCUGGAAUGUAUCAGUGCUUAGCAGAAAAUAAGUAUGGUACCAUUUAUGCCGGUGCUGAGCUGAAGAUUUUAGCUUCAGCUCCCAGUUUCCCACUAAAUCAAAUGAGGAAAACAAUAAUUAUUACCAAGGGCCAAGAAGUUGUCAUUGAAUGCAAGCCACAAGCCUCUCCAAAGCCAACUAUCACUUGGAAGAAAGGAGACAAAGCUUUAAGGGAGAGUAAGAGGAUAACUAUUCUUCCACAUGGGAGCCUGCGAAUCCUGAACGCUUCUAAGUCUGAUGAAGGACGGUAUUUAUGUCAAGGUGUAAAUGUAUUUGGGUCUGCAGAAAUCAUCGCAUCAGUAUCUGUUAAAGAACCAACAAGAAUAGAGCUGACUCCCAAGAAGAUAGAGUUAACAGUUGGAGAAAGCAUUGUCCUCAGUUGCAAAGCCCUUCAUGACAGCACACUAGAUGUCACUUUCUACUGGACACUUAAUGGGCAGCCAAUUGACUUUGAUAAAGAAGGUGGACACUUUGAAAGCAUCAAGGCACAAGCGUCCUCUGCAGAUCUGAUGAUCAGGAACAUCCUCCUGAUGCACGCUGGGAGAUACGGCUGCAGGGUCCAGACCGCAGCAGACACCGUGUCAGAUGAGACUGAACUGCUUGUUAGGGGUCCUCCUGGUCCCCCAGGGGUUGUAAUAGUGGAGGAAAUUACAGACACCACAGCAACUCUCUCCUGGAGCCCUGGAGCAGACAAUCACAGCCCAAUCUCCCUCUACAACUUGCAAGCACGCAGUCCAUUUUCUCUUGGCUGGCAGACAGUAAAAACAGUUCCUGAUGUGAUAAGUGGAGACAUGGAAUCUGCUAUGGCUGUUGAACUGAACCCUUGGGUGGAGUAUGAAUUUAGAGUUGUAGCAACCAACAAAAUUGGGACUGGAGAUCCAAGUGCACCAUCCCGCAUGAUCAGAACCAAUGAAGCAGUUCCAAAGACACCUCCAGCUAAUGUAAGUGGCAGAAGUGGAAGACGACAUGAAUUAGUAAUAGCAUGGGAGCCAGUAUCAGAAGAGUUUCAGAAUGGAGAAGGAUUUGGUUAUAUUGUAGCCUUCAGACCCAAUGGAACACGUGGUUGGAAGGAAAAGAUGGUGACAUCUUCAGAUGCCUCAAAGUUCAUCUACAGAGAUGAAAGUGUGCCACCUCUGACUCCUUUUGAGGUGAAAGUUGGUGUUUACAAUAACAAAGGAGAUGGUCCCUUCAGCCCUAUUGUUGUCAUCUGCUCAGCUGAAGGAGAACCCACUGCUGCUCCUAUUGAUGUCAAAGCUACGAGUUUGUCUGUAUCAGAGAUUCUUGUUGCGUGGAAACAUAUUAAAGAAAGUCUAGGAAGACCACAGGGAUUUGAGGUUGGUUACUGGAAGGACAUGGAGCAGGAAGAAGCAGCAGGAAAGGUCAAAACUGAGGGAAAUGAAUCAUCUGUCCUCCUGACAGGGUUAGAAGGAAAUACAUUAUAUCACCUAACCGUGAGGGCAUACAAUGCUGCUGGGUAUGGACCACCUAGCAUCGCUGUGCGUGUAACAACCAAGAAAUCACCUCCCAGUCAAGCACCAAGUAAUAUUAUGUGGAUACAGGAUGGCCCUCAAGUUUCUCUUGGGUGGGAGCCAGUUAGACCUCUAGCUAAUGAAUCUGAUGUAAUGGGAUACAAGGUAUUAUUUAGGCAAGAAGGACAGAGCAACAGUCAAGUUAUAGAAACACAGAAAACUUCUGCAGUGGUACUUCUUCCUGAUGUUGGUGUCUACAUUAUUGAGGUCUGUGCAGUCAGUGAAGGAGGUGACGGGACCACUAGUCCCCAGAUCAGAGUUCCAUCUUUUGCAGGAGGUAAAGUAACGAGUGCUCAAACCACCUUACAUGUGUUCUCUACUUCCUCGUCCUCCGUAACAUUACUUUUGGCACUGAUGGUUCCUUCAACUUCAUGGUGAAGACUGCAGACUUUGUUGUUGUUAUUUGUUUGCUUUAGCUUGAUGACACCAAGGAAUGGAGUUUUAUGUCCAUGGAUCAACAGGAGAGCCAAGCUAAUGCUUAAAGACCCAUAGAAAUACCUGUGGUGCACUUAGAGGAAUGUUGAAGACAGUCAAAAAUUCAUCAGGUUUUUUUUUCUCUUCAGUUUUUGUAAAAAUCCUCUGGGGAGGGGACUCUUCUUGGCCCAAAAAUAUGCAGAUUGUAUGUAAUAAACUUUUGUAAGCAAACGC